AUGGAGGAGUUCGCUCAACUGGAGCAGACGAUCUCACAGGUCAGUAGCAGAAACCAGCUGCUGGAGGUCGAGCAGGACGACGCCACGCGACUCGUUAACUUCUACCAGACCAAAGAGACAAGUCUGACUGAAGAGAGAGACAGCCUUCUUCUCACAGUGAACAGUUUGCAGCAGACUCUGCAGGAGCAGUGCAACCUCAGAGUGGAGAACCAGAGACUGAAGAGGGAUGUGGUCGACCUGAAGCGACAGAACGAGAGAACAGUGGAGGAUGGAGAGGCUGAGGUUCAGCAGCUGCUCGGUGUCAUGCUCACGAAGGAGGAGAGACACAAGAGGGAGCUAGAGGCUGUGAGGCAGCAGAGCAGGAGGGAGGCGGAGCUCGCUCAGAGGGAGGGUUCCAGUCGGGUUGAAGCCAAAGAUGCUGAAGUGAAGAACCUUCUGGAGAAGAAGGAUCUUCACCUGGAGGAGAUGAAGAAGAGGCUGAAGGAUCAGGAGCGAGAGAGGCAGAGCGAGCUCCUCAAGUUACAGAUGGAGUUUGGUGCGAAGUUAGCCAGAGUUCAGAGCUCCGCCCAGUGGAGGGAGCAGCAGCAGCAGCAUCAGCAAGGCUCCAGCCUCCUUCCCCAGAGCGUCUUCAAGAGGAAGCUGCAGUUCAUCCAAGAGGAGAAGAACAAGGAGAUUGGGUUCCUGCGUCAGAGAAUCAAAGAGCUGGAGGAGAGCCAGCGCUGCAGCGGCGACAGCCGCCUGAAGAGGAGGAAGAUCUAG